GCGAGGCGCCGAGCCGGCGUGGACGUCCUUUCUCCUUCCCGCCGCGCUCGCGGUUCGUGUUGCUUACCCUUCGGGGUCCGUGGUUGCUCCUCCGUAUCUUCUGUGGCGCCCUGAGCUGCCCUUGUCGUUGGAGUCGAGGGAAGGACGCAGAAAGACCUAGGAAACCUCGCAAUGGACUCACUGGCCACUGAGGAUGUGGCUGUGAACUUCACCCUGGAGGAGUGGGCUUUAUUGGAUCCUUCACAAAAGAAACUCUACAGAGAUGUGAUGCAGGAAAUCUUUUGGAACCUGACCUCAGUGGGAAAAACAUGGGAAGGUCAUGACAUUGGAGAUCAGUACAAAAGCCAGGUGCAAAAACUAAGAAGUCACAUGGUAGAGAGACUCUCUGAAAGUAAAGAUAGUAGUCUAUGUGGAGAAAACAUCAACCUCAUUCCAACUCUCAAUCUAAACAAGAAAACUCCUGGAUUAAAACCAUGGGAAUGCAGUGCAUGUGCAACAGUCUUCACGGAUCAAUCAUCUCUUAUUAAACACAUGAGCUGUCACAUUGAACAUAAACCAGAAGAGUUUCAAAAAUACGAUGACAAGCUAUAUAAAUGUAAGGAAGGUGGUAAAGCCUCUAAUUAUUUUACUUCCUUCCUAGUGCACAAAAGAAGUCACACUGGAGAGAAACUGUAUGAAUGUAAAACGUGCUCUAAAGCAUUGAGUACUCUCAGUGCUUUUCGGAAACAUGAAAGAACCCACACUGGAGAAAAACCAUAUAAGUGUAAGGAAUGUGGGAAAGCCUUCACAUGGCUCAUAACCUUUCAGAAACACAUGAUUACACACACUGGAGAUGGACUUUAUAAAUGUAAGGAAUGUGAAAAGGUCUUCAUUAGUUCCUAUGCUCUUAAAGUACACCAGAGAAGUCACACUGGAGAGAAACCCCAUCAGUGUAAACAAUGUGGCAAAGCCUUCAGGUAUCACAGUUCUCUUCGAACGCAUGAAAGGUCUCACACUGGAGAGAACCCCUAUCAGUGUAAACAGUGUGGAAAAGCCUUUCGAUGGAAACAAACCUUUCGAGCACAUGAAAAGAGCCACAGAGGAGAGAAACCCUAUGAAUGUAAGCAGUGUGGCAAAGGCUUCGGUUAUUUCAGUUCCUUCCGAUUGCACAUGCUGCAUCACACUGGAGUGAAACCGUAUGCGUGUAAGACAUGUUCUAAAGCACUGAGUAGUCCCCAUUCGCUUCGAAAUCACGAAAGGACCCACACUGGUGAAAAACCCUACGAGUGUAAGGAAUGUGGAAAAGCCUUCACAUGGUAUCAAACCUUGCAAGAUCACAUGAUAACACACACAAGAGAUGGGCCUUAUAAAUGUAAAGAACGUGAGAAAGCCUUCAUUAAUCCCAGUUCUCUUAAAAUACAUGAAAGGAGUCACACUGGAGAGAGACCCUAUCAAUGUAAACAAUGUGGAAAACGCUUUAGAUCUAAAAAAGGUUUCCAACAUCAUGAAAGAAAUCACACUGGAGAAAAACUGUAUGAAUGUAAGGAAAAUGGGAAAGCAUUGAUUUUUACCAGUUCUCUUCAAACAUGUGGACGCUCUCACACAGGAGAGAAACCGUAUGUGUGUAAAACAUGUUCUAAAGUGUUUAGUACUCCCAGACCUCUUCGGGAUCGUGAAGGAACCCACACUGGAGAAAACUCCUGUGAGUGUAACAUAUGUGGGAAAGCCUUCAGUUUCACUUAUGCUCCAGUGCAUGAGAGAACUCACACUGGAGAGAAACCCUAUGAGUGUCACGAAUGUGGAAAAACCUACAUUUGUCUCUCAAGCAUCCGAAGGCACAUGAGAGUGCACACUGGAGAGAAACCGUAUAAAUGUGAAGAAUGUGGGAAAGCCUUCUCUUAUCGCUUUGCUUUACGAAAGCAUGAAAGGAUUCACUAGAUAAAACUUCUUGUUUGUAAACAGCCUGGGAAAGACUUCAAUAGGCCCACAUCAUUACAUAUGAAAACUCCCAUGAAGAAGAAGUGUAAGUGUAACAUGAGACAACUUGAUGGAAAGUAAUCCACGCCUUAUGUUCCAGAAGACCUUCAAUAUGAAAGAGUUGUUUUAAAAGUUUAUAAAUAUGUUGUGUUUAUUAAGGAUCUUAAAGUGCAUCCUUGGGUGGUUGAUUUCUGCUAUUUUCAGGAAUGAAUAUUAAUGUGAGUUAAAUCUGUCAGUUGUCUUUCAACAGUUGUACAUAAGGUUUAAAGGUAGUGAUUUUUUUUGUUUAAUCAAAUAAUGAUUUUUUUUUCUCUUUCUGUUUUGAAGCCUGUUGGAUCCAUGGUUGAAUUAAAGUGUAAUUCUAAUAUGCAGUUAGGCUUAAAUUUUUAUAAUAUUCUAUUUAUUCUCAGAUAAAGGGCCAUAGAAAAUAGCAGUUUGGUAUUUGUUGGGAUUUUCCUACUGGCCUUGGGUGGCAUUUCCCAGAUAUUCUAAUCUUUUAUAUAUAUGGUACCUUUUCUACUGAGAAAGAUCAUUUUUUGGAGGUGGUGGCUUUGGGGCCUUUUUCCAUUUUCCUUUCUGUUUAGACACUUGGAAUCCAUUUUUAUGUAUGACAAGGUUAUCAGAGAGUACACUUUUAUGUAAAUUAUGAUUUUCCCAUUUGCUUUUUGUCUUUCCUUCUGACUGGCAUUUGGUGAAUAGAAUUUGAAUUAAGAGGAGAGACUUGUGAUAGAAGAAAGAAGUCUAGAGUUGCAGAUAUCUUGGGGGAGAGUAUAGCUCAGUGGUAGAGCGCAUGCUUAGCAUACACAAGGUCCUGGGUUCAAUCCUCAGUACCUCCAUUUUAAAAAUAAAAAUAAAUAAACCUAAUUAUCUACCUGCUCCCCCCAAAAUACACUGAAAGAGUUGGAGAUAUCUUGUCUGUGAAUAAGGUUAGGACCUAGAUUUUUCCAGAAUUCACCCCCUAUGUGGUUCAUGUUAGAAUUCACAAAGAGUGCCCCUUGAGUUGGGUUGAAAAGCAGAUGGGGAGGUGUUCUUCAGACUUUGAAGCCACCACACUGGGAGAAGGCAGAUGCAUAGGAGAUUCAAGGACGCCAUCUUCCAGCUUACUUUACAGGUUCAGUACUCUUGUAGUUAAGAGUAUCCUCAACCCACCAACAAAUGGUUGAUUUCCAUUUGCUUAGAGGUGUAGUUUUCCCCUGCUGUCUUCCCAACUUCCACAUCAAAGAUCUGUCUGAGAUUGAAUUUUUCUGUAAGGUUUCUUGUGUGCCCUCGGAAGGUAAUUUGGAGUUUCAUGGUUGGGAGUAUUGCCUGAUUACCCUCUUCUGUAGAUUAUAUCUUUACAUUACCCUCUUCUGUAGGCUAUAUCUUUACAAUGUCUAAUUUGUGUAGGAAACACCUUAUGCCAUUAAUAGUGCUAUUGAGUAUGUUUUCCUGAUUUACUGUGACGUUUACAAUGGUGCAGCCAAAAAGAAUGACACAGGAGCUUGUUUCUCUGCUGUAGUGUGUUGUGGCUGCCUUGACCCGGUCCUUCCAUGUGGGAAUCAGCACCUUCCACGUUCCACAUAUCAGGAAGAUGCUGGGCACUUUCUUUUACUUCUAGCUGAACAUAAUCCCUCUAUGUUUACAAUUAUAUUUGAUUGAAUGUGAUUAAAAGUACAUGUAUUUUUUUAAAUAUGUGAAUUUUUUAAGUAUGUGCAUUUUUGUGAAGCAAAAGUUUCUAUAGUUGUUUCAGAGAAAUAGUUUAUCAACUCUUUUUGAAGCUUACACAUGCUAACAAGUAUUGUGGUUUUCAUUUCCUAAGAGAAUAUAUUAAAAUGCUCAUUAUAAUUAUGGAUAUUCAAAUAAACCUUGCAGUUUUCUUCAUUUAUUCAUUAUAUAUUAUGAGUCAGUAUUAUCAUGGGCAUACAAAUCUGUUUUUCCCUCAGACAAAUUUGAUUUUUUAUUCUUUUUUCAUUGUAACUUUUGUCAUGAAACUAAUUUCUUAUUCACUAGCCCUACCAAAAGCUUAUAGCAGAUUUUUCAGCACCCUCACCAGUGACCCACAGGGUCACACUGGUGGUCAAAGAGGGGAUGCAAUGAAUUCUAAUAAAAAUGACUGCAGACUUUAAAGGGCUGUGAGGUAUAAGAGUAAUGCGCUGCUGAAAUAGACUUCUUAUAGGAUUGUGGCUUUUGUUAGAGGAUGUGGUUGCUAUUUAAGCGAGCUAGACGUUUUUCUGUAUUGAAUGAUGUGAGGAGAUAAAGUUAUCCUCUCAUUGGUGAUCAUAGUUGUUGCUUGCUAGAAGGCAAAAACUAUGAUUUUUAUCUUAAUUAUGUUACUUGUUUCACAUGGCUUUUCAAUUAAUAUUCAAAUUCAUGUAAAUGAGAUGUGGCAUCAUUGAGUCUAUAAA